GUGGGGCUCCGGCCUCGGUGGCGGGGGCGAGCCGUCCCGUUAGGUCUGCGGGGCGAUGGCGCUGGGGCUGCUGGCCGCGCUGCUGGCCGUGGCCGCCGCCUGCCGGGCGGAGGGCGAGUCCGAGGCGGCCGGGGACCUGGCGGCGCCCGACCUGCUCUUCGCCGAGGGCGCCGCGGCCUACGCGCGCGGGGACUGGCCCGCCGUGGUGCUGAGCAUGGAGCGGGCGCUGCGCUCGCGGGCCGCCCUGCGCGCCCUCCGCCUGCGCUGCCGCGCCCGCUGCGCCGCCGCCCUCCCCUGGGCGCCGGACCCCGACGCGCCCCCGGGCCCCGCGCAGGCCUCGGGCGCCGCCGCCCUGCGCGACCUGCGCUUCUUCGCGGGCCUGCUGCGCCGCGCCGCCUGCCUGCGCCGCUGCCUCGGGCCGCCCGCCGCCCACGCGCUCGGCGAGGAGCUGGAGCUGGAGUUCCGCAAGCGGAGCCCCUACAACUACCUGCAGGUCGCCUACUUCAAGAUCAACAAGUUGGAGAAAGCUGUCGCUGCGGCGCACACCUUCUUUGUGGGCAAUCCUGAGCACAUGGAGAUGCGUCAGAACCUGGACUAUUACCAAAGCAUGUCUGGGGUGAAGGAGGAAGACUUCAAGGAUCUUGAGGCCAGACCCCACAUGCAGGAGUUUCGACUGGGAGUGCGACUCUACUCCGAGGAGCAGCCCCAGGAGGCCGUGCCCCACCUGGAGGCGGCGCUGCGGGAAUACUGGGCAGCGGACCAGGAGUGCCGUGUGCUCUGCGAAGGGCCUUAUGACUACGAUGGCUACAACUACCUGGACUACAACGCCGACCUCUUCCAGGCCAUCGCAGAUCAUUACGUCCAGGUCCUCAGCUGUAAGCAGAGCUGUGUCACUGAGCUGGCUUCCCACCCAAGUCGAGAGAAACCUUUUGAAGACUUCCUCCCAUCACAUUAUAAUUAUCUGCAGUUUGCCUACUAUAACAUUGGGAAUUACACACAGGCUAUUGAGUGUGCCAAGACCUAUCUCCUCUUCUUCCCCAACGAUGAGGUGAUGAACCAGAACCUGGCCUACUACACAGCUAUGCAUGGAGAAGAACAAGCUGGAGCCAUCGGUCCCCGGGAGAGUGCCCAGGAGUACCGGCAGCGAAGCCUACUGGAGAAAGAACUGCUUUUCUUUGCUUAUGAUGUUUUUGGAAUUCCCUUUGUUGAUCCGGAUUCAUGGACCCCAGAAGAGGUGAUUCCCAAGAGGUUGCGAGAGAAACAGAAGUCAGAACGGGAAACGGCCGUCCGCAUCUCCCAGGAGAUCGGAAACCUCAUGAAGGAGAUUGAGACCCUUGUGGAAGAGAAGACCAAAGAGUCUCUGGAUGUGAGCAGGCUGACCCGGGAAGGUGGCCCCCUGCUCUAUGAAGGCAUCAGUCUCACUAUGAACUCCAAGGUCUUGAAUGGCUCCCAGAGGGUGGUGAUGGACGGCGUCAUCUCUGACGACGAGUGCCGGGAGCUGCAGAGACUGACCAACGCAGCAGCCACUUCGGGAGACGGCUACCGCGGUCAGACCUCCCCACACACCCCCAACGAGAAGUUCUACGGCGUCACUGUCUUCAAAGCCCUCAAGCUGGGCCAGGAAGGUAAAGUCCCCCUGCAGAGCGCCCACCUGUACUACAACGUGACAGAGAAGGUGCGGCGCGUCAUGGAGUCCUACUUCCGCCUGGACACCCCCCUCUACUUCUCCUACUCCCACCUGGUGUGCCGCACUGCCAUUGAAGAGGCCCAGGCUGAGAGGAAGGACGGUAGCCACCCCGUCCACGUGGACAACUGCAUCCUGAACGCCGAGACCCUCGUGUGCAUCAAGGAGCCCCCCGCCUACACCUUCCGGGACUACAGUGCUAUUCUUUACCUGAAUGGAGACUUCGAUGGAGGAAACUUUUACUUCACUGAACUAGACGCCAAGACUGUGACCGCAGAGGUGCAGCCCCAGUGCGGCAGGACCGUGGGAUUCUCUUCGGGCACUGAAAACCCGCACGGAGUGAAGGCCGUCACCAGAGGGCAACGCUGUGCCAUCGCCCUGUGGUUCACGCUGGACGCCCGGCACAGUGAGAGGGACAGGGUGCAGGCGGACGACCUGGUGAAGAUGCUCUUCAGCCCGGAAGAGAUGGACCUGCCCCAGGAAGCGCGGCAGGCCCCCCUCCAACCCGCAGAGGCACCUCUCUCCAGCAGUGAGUUAGGUCACAAGGAUGAGCUCUGACCAUGUCCAGCCCACACCUGGGUGGGCCGCUAGACCCGCCGUGAGGAACUCUGUCAUGCCUGCUGGACUCCUGUUUCUGGGGGCCACAGAGCAUUGGGGAACUUGCUGUGCCCAGCAGAGGGGACCCAUUCACAGCCGUCGGUCUGCACGGUGCUACUGCUCAUGGAGUGGACAUGGCAGGACGCCUGCUUCCCUCGGGACCUAGCUGGGGGCUCAGGCCUAGGCAGCCACGGGACAACAAUACAGUAUUUAAGUGUCUGUGUAGAUAACCAAAGAAUAAAUGAUUCAUGUUUUUUUAUUCGGUGGUUUGUUCAG